AUGCCUGUCGCUGGCUUUGUAAAUUACAUCUGGAACGUUUUAACCGACACGAAUGGUGAGGUGACGGUUGACAAGUUGGACAAAUUACCUGAAGCUAAGGUAGAAGAAACACAGCGCGCGCUCACAAACGUAUUCCAGCAAUUGAGCGCAGCGCAGCAGGUGGCGGAACUUUUUGCAAUGGAGGACAGACAGCUGAGGCUGUUUAACGUGCAAACACAUACCGAGUUGAUGGCCAUUAAAGAGGAGAUCGCAAAAGAGAUAGAUACGGCGAUGCUGGAGGUGGAGAAAUCACGGAAGAAGGCGGAAGAAACUGUGGCGACGUGGAAGAAGACGCUACAGGGGCUAGAGGAGGCUACCCAGAGAAACGAGCAGGUGUUACAGAAAAUUCGAGAGAAAAAGAAACAGGAGCUACGGGCAGAUCUAGAGCUACAAAUGAAGCUAGUGAGCGAAGACAGGCGAGAGGUCGAAAUUUUGGAGGAGCUGGAGGGGCAGUGUGAGUUGGAGAAAUACUUGAAAGAUGAAGAAUUGGCAAGGCUGCAGGAGCUAGAGCAACAAGAAAUCGAGCGAAAGCGAGUUUUAAACCAGCUUCAAGAGCUGGAGAAUCAACAAGAUCGCGAAAAUAUUCAAAUUGAAGUGCCGGAAAGGCAUCAAAAGUCAGAGGAGAAGCGAAGUGAGCUGCAAAAAAACAAUUCCGACUUUGCCAAGAUGGAUAAAGGUAAGAAACGCGCAAGUUUUGCAAAAGAUGUGAUUGCUUGGUACAUAUCAAGAGAACAACUGGCGCUGGGUGUAGCAAUCGCAGUGUUUCAGAAGUUCGUGCUGCCUGUGGCGGUAAUUCUGAGUCUAUUCCUCACAUUUACGGUGAUCAUCGCAAAAUGCAAAGCAAUAAAUACAAAAACAAGACGCAAUCAGCGUAUCUUGUAUUCCAGUUAUCCAAAAAGCUAUCAGCCAAAAGCAAAACGUCAGUAA